AUGAAUAACGAUUUAUGCCUAUUGAUUAGAUAAGUUAGAAUGCCAAUGAGAAUACAAAUUCUCAAAUAGAAGAAAUAACCUGUAUUUCACAAAAAAGCUUAUACAAUUCCUGACAAGAUUUAUACUGAUAAAGAAAUCAUGGAAUUGUAUUUAUUAAAAACUAUUUAGAUAUUAUAAAACUUUUAUAAAAGUAGAGAUUGAUGAUACCUUAGCCUUAGAGAUCAUAUAGAAAGAUGACUUUAUUAAUUGUAAUAUCAAUAUCAGAUUAGGGACGUUAAAUAUAAAUUAAUGA